GAAACAAAGAGGCAAAUACAUGUAAAAUGCUUGUGUUUAGACGUUCCUGAAAACACCAGAAAACACAAUUGAUUUUGCUUCAUUCUAGCAGUCGAAAUGACACUGAAGGAUGGCUUGACCCACAUGAUACCUCAUUUUGUUAAUGAAGAUAUAGCGAGAACACAACCAGAACAUCCAACACUUUAAUUUCAGUUGAUAACUGCCCGCUGUCAUUUUGUGUUCUCUUCCAAGUAAUUGCCAAAUUAAAGACUUAUUUUAAGCAUUUUUUAAGAAAUUCAAUGCUGCAAAAGGGGUCUGUGGAAAAAAGCCCUACCUGACCCUUGAUCUCAUAUUGAAUCAUAGAUUGAAGGAAGUGAAAAGUAAUUGCAAGGAGAAUCUUGCGGCCUAUCAGUGAUGUCACUUAGCUAGGGUCUUUUUCCACGCACCCCUUCAAUUCUUUAAGUGGUUACAAUCAGAUCCCCAGGUACACUGGGUUACAGCAUUUUUCUUCAGACUACAUAAUGUUACUUGCACAAGGAUUGCACAUCAUCAAUAAAUGAUAAAGGUUCCCAAUUCUAGUACAUGUACAGGUAAUUUGGCACUCUUUUUGGACAUCACACUUAUUAUGGGUGUGUCAUUUUAAUAAAUGUAAUGUUAACCACAGAUGUCUUAUUUCCAUAAUAUAUUUUUUUAUCUUUUCUAAAGAUCUUCUUUAAAGCUUUAAUCCAACCCGAUUGCAUUUUUUUGCAGCCAUUUGCAAUGCUCUGAAGAUUCCAAGGUUAUUAUAAUAAGAACUACAUAAACAAAUUGCUUUUGAAAGUUAAUAAUUCCUAGCUCCAAUUUUAAGUACAGGAACUGGACUACAAUGCAUCAGUCUUGAGCAACAUUAAUUAUUCGUUUCUGAUCAAUAACACUUGUUUUGUACAAAUAAUAACAUUUUUAUUACCCAGCUCAAUCAGUUGUACUGUCAGUAAUGAUUAAUGUAAAUACUUUCCAUGCAAAAACAAUGACACGCAAAUUCAAGCUCCAAUAGUAAACAAAACAACUCAAACAAAGUGCCCAUUAACUUCUUUCUGAUCCUACUUUAGAUUUGAAAACCUUGCCUCAAAUAAGUCUUAAAAUAACUUCUUUCUGAUCCUACUUUAGAUUUGAAAACCUUGCCUCACAUAAGUCUUAAAAUAACUAAAAGAACUCCUAAAUAAUAUUAAGAUCUUGAAUUUUUAUACUGUUUAAAUGCUUAACCAACAAGACACUCUAACUCAGAAGCAAAUCAAUAUCAGACCCUCAUAUUGAACAGCAGCAUAAAGACAAAGAAACAAAAGCGCUAAUCCCCCUCACAAAUUAAUAUGGUUGCUGGCAUUCAUUAUAAGCUUGCUUAUUUCCCCUGAGAGUUAAUACUUUGUCAACAUUUAAUCAAAAGUUGAAUAUAUAUUCAUAAAGGUUUCUAAGGCCCUCUGGCUUUGUUGACGAUAAAUUACAAAUCAAUUACCAUGUGUCUUCAGAAAGGUGAGCAAACUUUUCAGUUUUCUCUUGAAAGCUGAUCAUUUGGGAAAACAGAAUCUUGACUAUUUGUACAGUAUAUAACUUGGCAGUUAUGUCACUUUAUGGCAAGCAGUUACUGAGAAAGAAUCAAGCAUCAUUUAAAAGCUGGUUGUAAACGUCACAAACAGUAAUACUGUAUUACACACAGGAGAAACCUUAAGCUUGGAAAGUUUGAGAAAAGUAAACUUGUUUAAUUAGAAUCACAAGUUCUAUAUAUAUUUAACAAUAUUUCAAUAACUUGUAUAGUACAAGGCUUUUUCACCUUUCUGUGAAAAUAGCACUCAAGUACAGAAUGUAUAGGUAGUUAACCAUACCCAGGUCAACACCAGAGACUUAUUAAGUUUAAUAAUAGAGUGCUAAAAGUCAUUACUGAGAUGAGAGACAGUCAACAAAAUUCAGGGCUGCAUCAACAUAUUAAUGGUGGUAAAGACCCAAACUAUCUUGUACGAUCAUGGGCAUCCAGAUUAGGAACAGUCACACAAGGACACAAGCUCCCAAAGUCAGACUAUCGUAGCAAAUGGCUUCGAAGAUUAAAUCAUGUUGAACUGAUGCAAAAUGUUGAAGUGCAACAGACAUUGAGAAAUGUGAUGAGUAUACUAAGGGCUGGCGAUGAGCUCAUGCAAGAUGCUGGCAGUGUUUAUGAGUUUGCUGAGAGAAGAGGAAUUAAAAAAUGUCAUGAAACUGUCUGCAAGAUAAGGGCUGAGGGUGAGCUGAAUAAAUUGUCAAAUCUGUCAACAAAGAAUGAGGAUGAUUCAGAAAUCAAAGCUUCACAUCAAAGAGGAAACAACAGAAAAAAUAACAAACAGAGAAAAAAAUCCCUAGUCACUUCACUUGAGGACAAUGCAAAGAUCAACAGAGAGUUUAUAAACGACACGACAAUCACUCAUCGUGAUAAUUUGGAUGAUAUUUACGAGACAUUUGCUCAAGAAGUUCCAGAGAACAACAAAAAGUUUACAAACAACACAACAAUCACUCAUUACGAUAAUUUGGAUGAUAUUUACGAGAUAUUUGCUCAAGAAGUUCCAGAGAACAACAAAAAGUUUACAAACAACACAACAAUCACUCAUUGCAAUAAUUUGGAUGACAUUUACGAGACAUUUACUCAAGAAGUUGCAGAGAACACAAAUAACAACAACAAUGAACCUUCCCUGAACCAAGCAGAAAUAACUAACAACAACAACCAUUCCAUGAAUCGAUUGUCAGAAAACCACGGAGAGAGAAAAGCAUUUUUGCCUCCAAUUCAAGAAAAACUCACUUUUAACAAAGAAAGGAAAAAACAAAAUGACCAUUCUUUACCUACUCUAGAUACCGAAAGUAAAUUUAGCAUCAUAAAGAGAGCUCGAGAGCUUCGGAAUGAACGUAGUGUGGCACAGGUUAAAAGCCAAAACCUGUCAUUAAUGUCUUCACAGCUACAAAGAAAGUACUCUAAGGCAAGGGAAGUAUCACGCAAGAUUGAGAUUUUUGGAGACCACAGAAAAAUCCUGGCUGAAGAAUCAAAAACUGACAAGAAUGAGACCACGCCUGCUACUUUGCCCUUGUUAGACAGCAAGUCUUUCAGCAACAUUGACUGCAAUGAUUUUCUGAAUCUAAAGAACCGACUUGAUAGUCUCUCGCCAGCACCAGCUGUCUUGGAUCACAAGUUACACUGGCCAACCAAGACUAAAGAUACAUUUAAAUAGUAUAAAACUCAUGCCAAGUAAUAAACCCCACAAACUCUGUAGUUAUUCCCCAGAGCCUCAUACUGAGGUCUAUUGUUUUAGGCUGAAUUUUAAUAUAUCGAAAUUGGUUUAUUCACAUGUUCUUGAAAUGCACAGUGAGGACCCUUGCUUAGGCCUGCUCAAUAGCAGUGUCUGCUUAAUAAGGUUUAGUUCAACAGAAAAUAUUGUUAAAAACACUUGGGUCUUGCAAAGGCUGGUGUCAGCCUAAUAUGAGGUCCACUUAAUACAAGUUUUACUUUAAUCUCCUUAAGCAGACACCCAUGAGACUCGACAGACACAGCAUCUCUGUGGGUACUGUCACAACGAUAAAAAAAUACUUAGAGCAUUUAAUAUGUAUGCAUGUGACCAUGACUAAGUAAACAUUUCCAGAUCAAUGUUAGAAGGCAGAAGUUCCCUUGUGAGCAAACAUAAAAGUAAACAGUACUUUACAGACAAUCAUCGUUAUAAAGCUCAUAUUAAGUUCCCUUAAAAUAUUAAAUGAUUAAAUUUUGUGGGCAUAGUUUUUGCCCUUCCAGCUGAUAUCAAAUUUCCUCAAGUUGUGACAACUGGUAGCAUGAUAAUUAAAGUUUUACAACUUUGCCAAUUAUCAGACUUUGGACGUUGGAUCCAAAUCAAGUGAGUGCACUAUGCCACACUGUUGUGUCAUUCAUAAUGCAAUAAUUAGUAUCCUCAAAUGUAUGUAGAUCAAGGGAAAUUUCCCACUCCUUCACCUGUUUUGAUCUCGCAAAGUGUCUUAAAUAUAUGUAACUUUUGAUAAUCUCAAAUCAUGCGUGAAAGUCUACAAUUUUAAAGGCCACCUAAUUCAAUUGUUCUUCAAAUUCUCAGGGAAAUAUAGAAAGAGACUCUUACAAAAUACUCUGAUUACAUGUUGUAUGUAUCAUCAUUUAAUAUUUCAUGAAAACUCUCUUUCAAUAUUAAUGAUUUCCAAACUAUAACAACAUUAGCACAUUAACACAUGAUCGAGAAAAAGACAAAACAAUUAUAAAGAUUUUAAGCGUAUUUUUGAGCUACAUAUUUAUUCAAUUCUAUCAUGUAUUUCGAGCUUGACAAUAUAAUGAUGACAUGGGGUCAUCGAAACGUCGUUCACUUUUCAUAUCGCAAAUUUUCAUUCUAAAGAGCUUUACGAAACCUUUUAUUAUCAAGCAUGUUAGAUUAUACAAUUUAUUACAACCCUGUAAGAAUAAUACUAUAGUGCUGUAAUUGUCUUUCUUUAGAAAUCCUUUAUAUUAAAAUACUCAUUAUGAACAUAAAGGAAGAAUCACAGCAUAAGUUCCUUAAUUAACAGUAAUCUAUUUUUAGUUCACUUCCUAAUUCAAUCCAACCGUUUAGAUAUUCACAGAUCAAUUUUCAAAACAUGUACGUAUGAGUUCACAUUCUCCUCUGAUCAACGUUGUUAUCAUAGUCCAGGCAUAAAUAAUUCGUAGCAAAGGAGCGGGAGGACUCUAUAAUGAACACGCAUUGAUCAAGAAAUUGCAUUCCGAAAGCAUGGCGUAAUUUGAGAUAGAUCGCUAGAUCAAAUUUUGGAUAUCUUUGUUGACGUUGGACAAACUCAACUCUCUGUUAUCACAAAACCUCUAAUUGUUUAUGGAUACCAUGAACUUCAUCCUUCAACUAGAGAUCUAGUAAAAAGGCAUUCCCCUAACAAAUAAUUUCAUCCGCAAUGAUCGAGGAAAAACUAUAAGUUGACACUCUAGAGCAGCCCAACAAGUUCGAGAUAUGCUGUUGCAACAGCUUAUGGACUUUACGUCAUUAAUGGCGAGAAACAGCAUGGACUGGGAAUUAAACUUACUCCAGGAGAGAGAAAAGUUAUCUUAACAAACAUACACUACAGCGUUUAAUUUGCUUACACAACCAAAAC